AAAAACAUUUGGGAGGAAGAAAACAAAAAUAAAAGUCCCCGGCCUCCGUGUACUAAAAUUACCGUCACGUUGAAGAGGGAGGGAAAAAGGCAUGGCCUAAUUAUCUCUCGGAAAGUCCCCAUUUGUAACUGAAUUUCAAAUCCCAGAACCAAAAAGUGAGCCCAACACAACAUUUAGCACCAUAACCCUAAAAAAGAAAAAGAAAAAACCAGAAAGAGGAAAAAUCGUUGUCGUUACUUUCAGUGCCUGGUCGUACAUCUUCUGAUCAGAUUUUUUUCGGAGUGUAUCUUUGUGCUGCCCUUGAUGGGUGCUCCUAAGCAGAAAUGGACCCAACAAGAGGAAGCAGCACUUAAAGCCGGGGUUAUUAAGCAUGGGGCUGGAAAAUGGCGCACGAUACUUAAAGAUCCGGAGUUUAGUCGUGUCUUGUAUCUGCGUUCAAAUGUAGAUCUCAAGGACAAGUGGAGAAAUAUGAGUGUAAUGGCAAAUGGAUGGGGCUCCAGAGAGAAGGCCAGGUUAGCUGUUAAAAGGGUGCCACAGGUCCCUAAACAGGAGGAGAAUUCCAUGGGUCUCAGUACUGUGGUUCAAAGUGAUGAAGAUUUCGUUGAUGCUAAGCCUCUUGGAGUUUCUAAUGAUACACUGCAGGUUCCUGCUGCAAAGAGAUCUAUUGUAAGGCUGGACAAUCUUAUAUUUGAGGCUAUAACUAGUUUGAAGGAGUUAAAUGGUUCUAACAAGACAACUAUUGCUACUUACAUAGAGGAACAAUAUUGGACGCCUACAGACUUUAAGAGGUUGUUAUCAGCCAAAUUAAAGUAUUUGACAGCAAACCGGAAGCUGAUUAAGGUUAAACGCAAGUAUAGGAUUGCUCCUACUCCAGCAUUUUCUGACAGAAGAAAUUCUUCCAUGUUACUCUUGGAUGGAAGGCAGAGGAUUUUUCAAAAAGUUGAGAAGGAUGAUGCCCAUAUAUGUACAAAAUCCCAGAUUGAUUUAGAGUUAGAAAGGAUGAGGUAUAUGACUCCACAAGAGGCUGCUGUGGCAGCUGCUCAAGCGGUUGCUGAGGCAGAAGCUGCCAUAGCAGAAGCUGAAGAGGCAGCAAGAGAGGCAGAGGCAGCAGAAGCUGAUGCAGAAGCGGCACAAGCUUUUUCAGCAGCAGCAGUGAAAACUUUGAAAGGAAGAAACAACCCAAAAAUGAUGAUCCGAGCUUGACAUAAAAUUAUAACUUCACAAAAUGGCUAGCAAGGAGUACUCAACCAAAGCCUCUUUCUGCCAACCCACCCCACCCAAAAAAAAAAGGUCAGGGCUGUUUACAUCGGCAACAAAUCGUGUUCAUUAAGCUGAUUCUGUGAACAGUUCCUAUUCUUUUGCAGUUCCGAGUUUGGAGAGAUAACUUUAUGUUUUCUAAACAUACUGGCUCGUAGCCAACGCUCGCCCCCUAUGGUGAAAGAAAAUGCACCAAAAUAGAAAGAUAUGGUAUUUCUUCUGAUUGAGAUGUCUGUUUUGGGGUAUCCGUUUUUAUAGUUUAGUCUUCUGGAUUCAUUGUCAUUUCCUUUGCCCACCGCAUUGUGCUCCAUUAGGUGUCACAUAGAAUUGGAAAGAUUGUAUUGAAAAAAACGAAAGAAAGGUUGCUAGGAGUUUUCUUAGGAAAACGUUGUGGAUAACAAAUUCAUCUUAAUGAAGUUAUGAAAUUGAUUCAGGAAAA